UGAAGGACAAAAUUGGAAAAAAGGAGAAAUGCUGGAUACACCAGCAAUACCAACAAUACUGCUCGGUGCACCUAUCAACACCUAAUAUGUCUUUUUAAGCAUUUGGAUUUUGCGGGGUGGGUAGUGUUUUAUGGAUUUAUUUUUCCUGCACGUUUAAACGUUUAUAUGAGAACGAAUUUGAUUGACUUUUGUUGAUUAUCGCUAAUGCCUAGUCUAGAAUGGGAUGGUUCAUAACCCAUGUAACUUGGUUCAUAUUUGAGCAACAGUUUCCUACUCUAGAAUGGGUCUUACCCGUACCAGAAAAUUUGUAGGCUUGUGCUGAAGUUCAAAUGGAUUGUGAUGAAAUGAAUACCUUCGUCUUGAUAGCAACGCAGUCGUUAGUGAACUUGAAGGACUUGCACAAGUAAGGCAAAGCUGAUAGAUAGAGAACCCAAAACAAAGGCCCAGUUUUCCCAUUCUCUUCUUAGAAUCACAAACUUGUUCUUCUUCUCAUCAAUGGCUUCCCUAUCCCUCUCCUCUCCCCCAUCUCUCUCAUCCGCACACCACAACGCCUCCACCCGCCUUAUCCUGCGCACCCCUAACUCCCUUAACCUGCGCACCAUACCCCAUUCUCUCCCUAUCCGCGCCAUCACCCUCACCCAGGACGACCUCAAGAGACUCGCUGCCGACAAGGCCGUGGAGUCCGUCAAGAGCGGCAUGGUCCUCGGCCUCGGCACCGGCUCCACCGCCGCCUUCGUCGUCGCCAAGCUCGGCGCACUCCUCGCCUCCGGCCAACUCACUGACAUCGUCGGGGUCCCUACCUCCAAGCGCACGGAGGAGCAGGCCCGCUCUCUCGGCAUCCCCCUCUCCGUCCUCGACCACAAUCCCCGCCUCGAUCUCGCCAUCGACGGCGCCGACGAGGUCGACCCCGACCUCAACCUCGUCAAAGGCCGCGGCGGCGCCCUCCUCCGCGAGAAGAUGGUCGAGGCCGCCUCCGACAAGUUCGUCGUGGUCGUCGACGACACAAAGCUGGUGGACGGCCUCGGCGGAAGCGGCCUGGCCAUGCCGGUGGAGGUGGUCCAGUUCUGCUGGAAGUACAAUCUGGAUCGGCUUCAGGAGCUUUUCAAGGAAGAAGGCGUGGAAGCGAAAUUAAGACUGGAGGAGAGUGGGAAACCCUACGUCAGCGAUAAUUCCAAUUACAUCGUCGAUUUGUACUUCAAGACUCCUAUCAGGGAUGCAUUGGCCGCUGGCGCCGAAAUUUCCGCUCUCGAAGGCGUCGUCGACCACGGCUUGUUCUUGAACAUGGCCACCUCUGUCAUCAUCGCUGCUAAAUCCGGCGUUCAAGUCAGACUCAGACGCUAAUUCCUAAUUUCCUUUCAAUGUUGUUUUUCUGAGAGGAAUAAUAAUUGCGUUCAUUUUUUAUUUUGCACCAAUUAUGCACAACAGUCAUUAUCUCCGCCAGUGAUUUCAAUGUUACCAUAUUAUACGACUAAUGAAACUUAUUUUUACAUAAAAACAAAAUGCAUGAGGAUGGAGAAAAAAGAAGUUAAUUUUGUGCAUUCUAAUUCAAUGUAACUUUUUUUUUCCUGCUUUCUAAGUAUUAAUAUUUUGUUA